GACGAGACCGUCCCAAGAUACAGUCACACGGAUGGGCCAACCUAUAUGUAUAGGGAAACUACAGUAUGAAAACGUCGCAACGGGUACCAUCCCCCUUGUCUGCAGGAUUCCAACCUUUCAAGUCACUGCAAGUUCCAAGUUUGCAUGACGCGAGACUUGCUUAGUGUACGGAGUACGGAUUCAGAUACCUACCUCUACCUACCUGCAUCAGUCCCAGCUAUGCAGACUGUGGUUUCCGUACAUGGCGUCAGUCAUCUGAAGAUAUCUCACCCAAAGCACACCCACAAAAGGGUGGCAUUUAAUCCAGUCGAAAAGUAGCUCCUCUCUAAUGCUGCGUAUUGCAACUCGGUCCAGUCACAAAUCUCAGACUUGGCACGUUGCCAUACCAGGUGGACCAAGCGAGAGUCAUUGUUCGUCUUUG